AUGCGGACGGCGGCCGACGAGUGGAUAUGGUUGCAUACGGUAUUUGCAGUGCGUGGAAAUCUUAGCCACGAACAACAGGAUGGACGACGAGUUCGGCAUGUGAUCCAUUGCUAUUAUCAAACGCUAAGUGGCAUCGAAGCAGCUACUCUGCAAGCGAACUCUUGGAUUUACAAUAUGCGACAUACUUAUCCUGCUGCAUUCCCAUGCCAAGAAUCUCCUACACCUGUGAGUCUCAUUGAUUCUCAUGUCCUGGAGCUUUCACCGUAG